AUCCUCUCCGACACAACUCAGCCGACAGCGAACCACCGGGCCUGUUUCAUUGUAUCCUGCAGUUUCUUGCUUUAAAGUAGAACUACAAGUCAGAAUGGAGUAUCACCAUGCUUCAGAGAUGAAAGGAGUCGUGUCAGAUUAUCUGAAUAUGCGCAUCGAAUCCACACAUAACGACUUGUGCAAAGAGAAAGAAUCCAAGGAAGCUGAAGAGUCAAAGAAGCGGUCCCUGAUUGAGAAAUCUUACAGCACCAUACUGAGUGAGCUUGGAGAAGACGUGGGCCGAGAGGGACUCCUACGGACACCGCUGCGUGCAGCCAAGGCCAUGCAGUUCCUCACCAAAGGCUACAAAGAAACCACCCAGGAUAUCUUGAAUGAUGCGAUCUUUGAUGAGAACCAUGAAGAGAUGGUGAUUGUCAAGGACAUCGAGCUGUUCUCUCUCUGUGAACAUCACCUGGUGCCCUUCUUCGGCAAGGCUCACAUAGCAUACCUCCCAAACAAGAAGGUGGUUGGUCUCAGCAAACUUGCAAGAAUUGUUGAGAUCUACAGCAGGAGGCUUCAAGUCCAGGAGCGUCUGACCAAGCAGAUCGCUUCAGCCAUCUCUGAGGCUCUGGAGCCUGCAGGAGUAGCAGUGGUGAUUGAGGCUGUUCACAUGUGCAUGGUGAUGAGAGGUGUGCAGAAGAUGAACGCCAGCACUGUUACGAGUGUCAUGCUGGGAAGAUUCCAUGACGAUUUCAAGACCAGGAAGGAGUUUCUCGCCCUCACAAUGAGGAAGUAACACGUUUUUACCUCAACACACGGUUAAACAGAGGGAAUUGUACAGUGUUUUUACACAUAUAUGUGUUUUUGUGUCGGUCUGUAAACUGCUAGUGUUAUUGGCUAGUUUACUUAAAAUGAUAUUGUAUUUUUUCAGCUUUGUAAGUGAUUACAAAUAUCAGAUGCAAGAAAUGCAAAUAUCCCACACAAAUACAGUAUGAGUAUUCUUAUCUUUAUUUAUCUAAACAUUUGUCAUUUUUUGUAACAGUCCUACAUUUACAGCCAAUAACUAUAAAUGUGAAAAUGCAAUAAAAGAA